AUGACUAAACAAGAACUUCAAAAAGAGUUAAAAGAAAAAAUUAAGGAGGGAAUUAAGCCUAGUGAUAUCAAAAGAUUAAAAAGAAGCAAGUCCGAAACCGCAUUAGAAAAGAAACUAGAAGAGAAAGAAGUUUUUACCGAGGCUCCCGAAGAAAAUACUGAGGAACUAAAAACUAAAAUUAGCCAAUUAGAACAGCAAAUUUUAGAAUUAAGAUUAAGCAAAAUUAAAGACUUUGGGGAAUAUUAUGAAAAAAAGACCGAGUUAGAAAAUGAAUUAACUAGUAAGCCAAUUUUAACGGAACAAAAAAAUAAAACUAGUUUCCUCACCGCUGACCCUACUUUUAGCCCAGAUUAUUUACUUUUACUCUGA